UGUUGCUAUCUUCAAACCAUGAAGCUUUCUGUAGUUUUCAAAUCCUUGCGUAGCUAUCCCGCUCUUCGUGUGGUUACUGUCUCUCUACAGUCUCGUGCAUUUCAGCCUGAUUUCAUUCCCAGGGAUCCCAAAUCAAAGCCCGUAAGACACAAGUAUCCAGCUUUCUAUGAUCCUUAUGGCCCUAGACCCCCACCUUCAGAUAAGAUCAUUUGGCUUGCAGAGCAGAUUGCAGCCCUGUCUCCGAAAGAGCGUAAUUUUAUUGGUCCCACGCUUAGAGACAGACUAAGGCAUCCUAAGAUUCAACCAGUUUUAGUGGAGGGCAUGGACUUGGGUCCUGAUGGAGGGUCUGGUGCUGGGUCUUCAAAGGCUGAGAAGAAAAAGGUCGAAAAAAUUGCAUUUGAUGUCAAGUUAGUAAAGUUUGAUGCUGUUGCAAAAAUUAAGGUGAUCAAAGAGGUUCGUGCUUCCACAAAUUUGGGGUUGAAGGAAGCCAAAGAUUUAGUUGAGAAAGUACCAGUUUUAAUUAAGCAAGGUAUCACUAAAGAAGAGGCAAAUGAUAUUAUAGAGAAGAUCAAGGCUGUAGGGGAGUUGCUGUUAUGGAGUAGAUUUUCAUCGAGUUUUAGAAACAACUGUCAUUCUGAAGAUAUUGUUCUUGCUGUUAAUCGUCAAAAGAUACGAAUUGCAAACAAACGGAUGUUACUAAUAAUCUUUGAAGAGAAUCCUUUCAGAAAUGGCACCAAACAGGUCUGA